GUUUAACUGUCAUGUACUCAUGUCAUGUCAAAACAGCUGUUAUAAAUGAUUUACCUGCACUUCUUUGUUUUUAUUAUUUUAUUAAUAAAAACAUAUUAAUUCGGGUUACUUAUGUGUAAAUAGUGUAAAUAAAAUGUAAAUAUAGUGUUUAUAAGAUAAAUUUUGUAGCAGAGGCAUUAUAAGGACAAUGAAUGUAUGAACGGUGCGACAUUGCCGUAACACCAUGGCUUGUGGAUUAUCGAGUUAUGAGGACGUUCCCAAGGAACAAGUGGAGUUUUUAGAAAAAUGGAGUAGAUUUUCAGACUGGUUACACUGUAUAUGUGUUGUUACUUUUGAUUUAGAACUCGGACAAGCGAUGGAGAAUGUGUACCCUCCAGGAGUGCAGUUGUCUGACCAGGAGAAGUGUAAUAUAUGUUACUUGGCAUUCCCUGACUCUAAUUCUGGAUGUAUGGGCGAUACGCAAUUUCAUGUAAGGCUACGUUCUCGGACAGCUUUAACUACUCAACAAAUGAUUUACAAUGAGGGUGCCGUACCUACGCUUCGUGCGGACUCCACACACUAUUGGGGUUUCGUGUAUUUCCGACAGGUCAAGGACCCUUCUUUACCACGAGGCUACUUCCAGAAAAGCAUUAUAUUACUCACACGGCUACCCUUUAUAAAUUUAUUUUAUAAGGUAAUAAAGCUUAUUGCACCAAAACAUUUUGAAGACGGCGAGAGGAGCUUAGAGGCUGCUUGUCACGACAUAAAUAGAUGGCCAGUGUUGGAUUCAGGACAGAAUGUGUUGCUUCCUGUUUUAGGAUCUGUUUUUCAGUCAUAUAUUCCUAAUCAGCAGACAGGAAAGGUUACAAGAUCAGAUAUAGCUAAGCAGAUUGAUUCCUCAAGUGUACCUCAUAUUAUAGCAUCUAUACAGGAUGUUAAUGUUUUUGAUGCAUUGUCCACACUGAUAUCUCAUUUGCAUUUAUUGUGGGAGUUAGUUUUGACAGCAGAACCAAUAGUUGUUAUGGCAAGUUCACCAACAGAAUGUUCAGCAUUGGUCCAAGCCCUCACAAAUUUGAUUCAACCACUCCCAUAUUCUGCUGAGUAUAGGCCAUAUUUUACUAUACAUGAUAGUGAAUUUAAAGAGUUUACUCGAAAGCAAUUCAACCCACCACAUGUUAUACUGGGUGUGACAAAUCCAUUCUUUACAAAAACAUUACAACACUGGCCACACACAAUCAAAUUGGGUGACUCAACAACAAUAAAAACUAAAUUGCGUAAAGUUGGUAACACAAAGCUUCUUGAUACUGCGCCUGGGGUUUAUACUCAGUAUAAGCCUUUCUUAGAAAAGGAUAAAGCUAUAAUAAAGAAAUUACAUAAUGGAAUCAGAACUGAUCGUCCUUCUGAAGUUCAAACUGCUAUGGUAAAACGACAUUUGUUAGAAUUGACUCAGAGCUUUAUGAUACCUUUAGAAAGAUAUAUGGCAUCUUUAAUGCCACUGCAAAAGAAUAUAUCUCCAUACCGGGCACCGCCUGUGCCUAAUCCAUUCAAUCCUGAAGACUUUUUUGCAACUUUACAGCAAUCAGGACCUCAGUUGACAACUGGUAUAAAAGGGGACUGGAAUGGAUUGUACAGAAAUUUCUUUAGGACACCCAACUUCAGUGCAUGGUUCCACCAAAGACAUAGCAAAUUGACAAACAAAUUGCAUGCAUUACAAUUGGAGGCAUUAGCUGAAAGUGAUUUGAAGAAGUGGUCGAUUGGUAAGAAGGAGGUGGAGAUAGUGGACAUGGUAUUAAAGUUGCGAGAAGUACUCAAAAGCAAUCCUCCAGUGGCAGAUAAUACUAGGACAUUGUUGGCCAGGCGAUUGGAAGAUCUUAAUUGUGUAUUGGCUGAUGAUAUGAAGUCAAUACUGAAUGCUCCCACGUGACAACCAAACUGCUGCACCUCAGAGCUGAGAGGCUGCAGCGAGGACUGCAAAGUUCAAUUUGGCUCUCAUCAUACGUCUAUAGUGUGUAUGUAGAUUAUCAAUUUUACCUGGUUCACACAUUACAUAUAAUUUUUACCUCAACAUAUAAAGUAUAAUAACAAGAUCUAAAAAUAUAGUUAAAUUUUGUCUUGUUAAAUUGAAUCAACUUCAAAAUAAUAAGAGGUUCUCAAUUUAUUUUUAUUUUUUUAUAUUUAUAACCUUAUAACUCUAUCAGUUAUAAACCGAUUUGGAAUUUCUUUAUAUGAAAGGAUAUAUUUUCAGAUUAGUAGUUUGAAUCAAAAUAACUGAUUUUGACACAAUUAAAGUCGGUAUUUUUUAUGGAACAAAAUCUUAAAUUAUUAAAAUAGACCUAAUAGAUAUUAAAGCUUAUAGUGGGGCUUCCAAAUCCUGUUAUAUGUCUACUUUAGUUGGUAACAAGCUAAAUCAUUUUUUAUUUUAAAUGUUGGUGAACACCUGUGCACUGAGUCUUAUGCCCUACUAUUUACACACAUUAAAUAUUUCUUUUUUAUCUCGUCCUUGUCACACUAUCUUUAAAUCUCAGUCAUGUUUUUAUAAACAUCAUAUGUUAUCUAUAAAAUAAUGAAUAUUAUCUAUUCCUGAAUUUCUUUAUUUUACAUACACUUCUUUUAAAGUAUCUGGUUCCUAUUAAAAACGUAUCUAUCAACUACAUUUUGAUCUAAAACUUGACCAGGGAGAUCCAUCAACUUUAUGACUGUGAUUAUUCA